CUAGAAUACUCCUACGAGCAGGAAGGGAAAAGUACGGAGUAAGUGGAGUAAACAAUGUGAGGCCAGCGGGUACUCACGCAGCUCUACCGUGGAAAGGACCUAAUGGGCGUGGCAUCUUGCGUCAAUGGCAUUUGGUUCUGGAGAGCAGUAGGAAGUGUACCAGCACUACCAGAUAACGUUAGUGGCACAUUGCCUGUUAUUAUUGGGAGUUCGGUAUUAUUAGAUGCGACUCUAGCAUAUCACUGGGAUGUGCUGGCAACGCUACUGUGUACUGCGCCGGACUCCGCGCGAGAGAUGACGAUGACGGUCAUUACACGGAUAGACGCAUAAACGAGGACUGUGGAGGAGGAGACACCAGAAGGGAAGAAAUAUGGAGAACAGGAUUGCGGCGCAAUGCUCGA